AUGGAGCGUUGGGCCCGCGGCUGGUGGCUGCUGUGCGCGGCCGCCGCGCUCACCGCCUUCGCCCGCGGGGACCCCGCCAGCAAAAGCCGGAGCUGCAGCGAAGUCCGCCAGAUCUACGGCGCCAAGGGCUUUAGCCUAAGCGACGUGCCGCAGGCGGAAAUCUCGGGUGAGCACCUGAGGAUCUGCCCCCAGGGUUACACCUGCUGCACCAGCGAGAUGGAGGAGAACCUGGCCAACCGCAGCCGCGCUGAGCUGGAGACCGGCCUUCAGGACAGCAGCCGCGCCCUGCAGGCCACGCUCACUACCCAGCUGCGUGCCUUCGACGACCACUUCCAGCGCCUGCUGAACGGCUCGGAGCGGACGCUGCAGGACACCUUCCCCAGCGCCUUCGGGGACCUGUACACGCAGAACGCCAAGGCCUUCCGCGACCUGUACACCGAGCUGCGCCUCUACUACCGUGGCGCCAAUCUGCACCUGGAGGAAACGCUGGCCGAGUUCUGGGCCCGCCUGCUGGAGCGUCUCUUCAAGCAGCUGCACCCACAGCUGCUGCUGCCAGACGAAUACCUGGACUGCCUGGGCAAGCAGGCCGAGGCCCUGCGGCCCUUCGGGGACGUCCCGCGCGAGCUGCGCCUGCGGGCCACCCGCGCCUUCGUGGCAGCUCGUGCUUUCGUGCAGGGCCUGGGCGUGGCCACCGACGUGGUCCGGAAGGUGGCCCAGGUGCCCCUGGGCCCCGAGUGCUCCAGGGCCGUCAUGAAGCUGGUCUACUGUGCCCACUGCCUGGGGGUGCCUGGCGCCCGGCCCUGCCCGGACUACUGCCGCAACGUGCUCAAAGGCUGCCUCGCCAACCAGGCCGACCUGGACGCUGAGUGGAGGAACCUUCUGGACUCCAUGGUGCUCAUCACCGACAAGUUCUGGGGCCCGUCGGGCGCGGAGAGCGUCAUCAGCAGUGUGCACAUGUGGUUGGCGGAGGCCAUCAACGCCCUCCAGGACAACAAGGACACACUCACAGCCAAGGUCAUCCAGGGCUGCGGGAACCCCAAGGUCAAUUCCCAGGGCACCGGGCCCGAGGAGAAGCGACGCCGGGGCAAGCUGGAGCCUCAGGAGAAGCCCCCCACAGGCACACUGGAGAAGCUGGUCUCCGAGGCCAAGGCCCAGCUCCGCGACGUCCAGGACUUCUGGAUCAGCCUCCCGGGGAUGCUGUGCAGUGAGAGGGUGGCCAUGAGCACCGCCAGCGAUGACCGCUGCUGGAAUGGGAUGACCAAGGGCCGGUACCUCCCCGAGGUGAUGGGCGAUGGCCUGGCCAACCAGAUCAACAACCCCGAGGUGGAGGUGGACAUCACCAAGCCGGACAUGACCAUCCGGCAGCAGAUCAUGCAGCUGAAGAUCAUGACCAACCGGCUGCGCAGCGCCUACAACGGCAAGGACGUGGACUUCCAGGACACCAGUGACGACGGUAGUGGCUCCGGCAGCGGCGGCGGCUGCCCUGACGACGCCUGCGGGCGGAGGGUCAGCAAGAAGAUCUCCAGCUCGAGGACGACGGCGACUCACGCCCUCCCCGGCCUGUCCGAGCGCGACGGGGCGUCCUCAGCCGCCGGUGGCCCCCGACCCUGUGCGCCCCUCCUGCGCCUGCUCCUCGUCACCUUGGUCCUCGCAGCCGCCACGCCGCGGUGGCGGUAA